AUGACGGGAACUCAGAAAAACGCCAACAACUAUAGUUCCAUCUUCCUCCACAAGUGGGACGCAGGCGGGAAGGACUACAAUUCCCGAGAUGCAUCGGGCACCAACCCGCCCCUGAGCUUCCCAACUGCGGAUUGGCUGCGCGCGGAGGUCGACCUCGCGGAAUCUGGGGAAGCUCAAUCCACUCGAGCGCGGCGGGCAGCCGAAUGGCUUCGCUCGGCUCGGUCGUGGCGGUCCGCGCGGCGCCCGGGCUUUGGCGGCGGGUGGCGCGCACAGCCUAUGGGCUCCAGGGGCCCUGCACCGGGAGGGGCUACGCCGAUAGUGUGUUUCUUUUUCCUCCCUCCCCUCCUGUCCCUUGGCUCACAUGGUGAUCACUGUCUUCUCCUGCCCUCUGUACAGAGCCCGCCCACUUUUGGGUUCCUCUUGGACAUCGAUGGCGUGCUAGUGCGGGGCCACAAGGUGAUCCCCGCUGCUGUGGAAGCGUUCCGCAAGCUGGUCAACUCCCAGGGUCAGUUGCGAGUACCUGUUGUCUUUGUUACAAAUGCUGGAAACAUCUUACAACACCACAAAGCCCAGGAGCUCUCAUCCCUCUUGGGGUUCAAGGUGGAUCCCAACCAAGUCAUCCUCUCUCACAGCCCCAUGAAGCUCUUCUCACAGUUCCACGCGAGGCGAAUGCUAGUGUCUGGACAGGGGCCCCUGGUGGAAAAUGCCCGAGCACUGGGCUUCCAGAAUGUGGUCACUGUGGAUGAGCUUCGAACUGCUUUCCCAGUGCUUGACAUGGUUGACCUUGAGCGGCGGCCAAAGACCACGCCUCUUCUGAGGAGUGACUUCCCAGCCAUUGAAGGAGUGCUCCUCCUUGGGGAGCCCGUCCGCUGGGAGACUAACCUACAGCUGAUCAUGGAUAUUCUCCUCAGCAAUGGGAACCCUGGGACUGGUUUGGCGACAGCUCCCUACCCCCACCUCCCUGUCCUGGCCUGCAACAUGGACCUCCUUUGGAUGGCUGAAGCCAAGAUGCCCAGGUUUGGCCAUGGCACUUUCCUCCUGUGCCUGGAGACCAUUUACCGGAAAGUCACAGGCAAAGAACUGAGAUACGAGGGCCUGAUGGGCAAACCUAGCAUCCUCACGUACCUUUACGCAGAGGAUCUGAUCAGGCAGCAGGCGGAGAGGCGGGGCUGGGCUGCUCCCAUCCAGAAACUCUAUGCUGUAGGUGAUAACCCUAUGUCUGAUGUCUACGGUGCCAACAUGUUCCACCAGUACCUGCAGAAGUCAAAGCAUGAAAGGACAGAGGACCCAGGAGCUGGUGGUCUAGGGAAGCAGCAGCCAUCGGCCACCCAGAGCUGCACCUCUAUCCUUGUGUGUACUGGCGUGUACAGCCCCAGCGGCCCAGAAUCCCUGGAACCUCCCCAGGGCAGAGAGGAGCCUCCAUUCCACGGGCACCGAGACUUCAACUUCAGCCCCGAGCUCAUGGAGGCAUCCCACAUUGUGAAUGACAUGAACGAGGCUGUGCAGCUGGUUUUCUGCAAGGAGGGGUGGGCUUCAUAG